AUGAAAUAUAUUAUUCUGCUAACUAUCGCAAGUGUGGCUGCCGCCGCGAAAUUAGAUAAGGUCUAUUUACCCCCGAACUCCGCAUCAGCCGGUGGAGCUGACGCUGGUCUCCAAACGCCAUUUGAAUCGUCUCAAAAUUAUGAAGCACAGAACCAAGCAAACCAUGGCCAGAAUUAUCCCGCGCUAGUUCAGAACUAUGCCAAUCAAAAUCUGCAAGGGCAAAAUUAUGCGCAAUCGCAUAGUUACAGUACUAAUCAAGCGGAAAUUUUGCGAUUUGAAAAUGAAAUGAACGAACAAGGGUACCAUUAUGCGUAUGAAACUAGCGAUGGUACUAAGGCAGAACAGGAUGGCCAAAUACUCCCCGGAACCGUACCUGAAGAAGGUUCGCUCAAGAUCUCUGGCUCCUACUCCUACAUCGGUGAUGAUGGCCAGACAUACUCCGUGUCGUAUAUAGCUGAUGAAAACGGCUUCCAGCCCAUCGGUGACCACUUACCCACUCCUCCCCCCAUUCCAGAAGCUAUACUUAGAAGUUUGCAGCUGACGGAUCGUGAAGGUAAAUACAACAGUCAGAAAAGCAGUUACGACGCAGAUGCGGGCUAUUAA